AUGAGUCCGCAGCUCCCGACUGCCUGCCAGGAAGACAGACGUGGGGAAGCCCGGGAAGAGGAAGCAGACGGGCGACACAGGCGCCAAAUCGGCUGGCUCAGCACUCCACCCGCCAGGCUUUUCCAAGUCCACGUCGGUCCAAAAGCACCGGGAAAGCCGCUGCUGUCCGGUCUCCUGAGUCGUACAACACCCUCAAAGAGAAGCGGGCCAUCGACUUCGCCCUGGGGCCGGGCGAAGCAGCUGCCUAUGCAGGCGUUUAUGCUGUACAUGUCGGGCAGCGGAGUGCAGAUAUUCAGCAUGGGCAUCGUCUUCAUGCUGCUCCUCAGUCCAUUCAAGAACAUUGCUGGAAUGAACCAGGCAUUCGCCCAGUUUGCCCCGACCACGGCCGCAAAUCCCAAGUCGCUCACGACCCUGAUCGGCCAGAAGACGCUAUUUAUCUUGUGCAUUAACGCUUGUGGUCGGACUUUGGAAAUGUCGGUCUAUGGGGUUGCUACCGACUGGGACAGGCGAUUGGCUAGCAUUCGAAACGAGGGGAAUAGCACCAGAGACCGUGUUAUUCUGACUUAUGUACUGUGGUACAGCACUGCAUAUAGAUUUUACUACGGGCUCCAUCGAAUCCCUAUCAGUUCCUCCCGCUUUAUGAAGUGGAGUUUUCGCUCGGGACAAACCUCCAUCACAACCUUCUCUCUCACUUCCUCCGACACCCUCCCCUCCCCCCAUCCCACCUGGCGUGCCCUGACCAGAUGGGCCUCUGAUGAGCCCAGAACAGUAACGUCAAAGGACAUCCUCAUCACUGUCGUAGAACUCGUCUUCUUCGUCGGGCAUGAGCGUUGUGAAAUCGACUUUGUAACGCACUGUCUGUUGACCGAUCUUCUAGUGGUUUACCUUUUCCUCGUCAGCUACGGGCGCUCCAAGCCGGAGCAAAUACACCUGGUCAUUCCCAACUUCCUCCAGGACUGCAACGAUCGUAACCCGCUUAUUCGGGCGUUGGCCAUCCGAACGAUGUCCUACAUCCCCAUCCCGGUCGUGACAGACGCGCUGAACGACAACUUAAGGUACUGUCUGAAGGACAAUGAUCCUUAUGUUCGCAAAAUGGCCGCUAUAUGUGUUGCCAAACUCUAUGCGGCCGACCCACGCAGGGCAGAGAAGAGUGGGUUUGUGGAGAUGCUGCGUGACCUUAUGCUCGACAACAAUGCCACCGUUGUCGCCAAUGCUGUUGCAGCGCUUUCCGAGAUCGGAGACCGCCAGGACGGUGUCAUUUUCAAGCUCAAUUUGACGACGAGCAACAAACUGUUAGCUGCCCUAGACACUUCCCCGAGCACACCAUUUUCGCUCGCCUGCUAUAACGAUCGCGUUGGCACCCCUUCCCCUCGACUCUUCUCCGUGCCCUCCGUGGCCAAAAUUGCACUAUUUUCCGCUGGAGGGCGCUAUCGACGAUCACUACGUACAUCUUUUCCCCUGAGGAGGGGAGCCUCUGGGGGCGGGUCACGGGCCAUUCUUUCGAGCGGGCAGGCGUCGGCGUCAAAAAAAUGGGUUUUGGCCUGGGUAGCGGGAAUUUUUCCUGGCCUGCGGCGCCAGUUGCAGUUGAACAGAACCUUCCUCACCACCGUUCUCCAAUUUCGCUCGCCUGCGGCGCUGACUGGCAUCUAG